AUGCUUUGCAAUCGAGUGUAUAUAUAUUUUAAAUGUAUUACCUUGCAUGAACUCGCUGAUUUACCCAUUUUAUUUUUUUCCUUUUUUGAAAAAGUCUAUAACAAACCGCAGGAUGGUUUGAUUUUAAGUUUUAUGCACACCGAAUGCAAAAGUAGGUCACGAAACCUUACGUUCUCCUCUCUCGUAAUCACUCACACGUUUUUCCAAUCUACAGUUUUUAAAAAUCCUCAUCAAAGUAGGAUUCAGACCCUGUGGAGCGGAAGUUAAGAGCGCCACCUGCAAUUCUCCGUUUGAAGGCAAAGUUAUGCUGUCACUGCACCCUGGAGGACCCUCUGGAAUUACGAUCGAGCAAGUAUUUAAGGAUGGACUUCAACAAGGCGCAUUUGGCUACGAUAUAAGAGCAGAUAACACAGUAUACACUCUCGAGUUUCAAGGAGUUGAUAUAAAAAAAACGCCCAAACCUGGAGAGUGCGACAGAGUCUGCUGUGAUGGAGCAGGCGGGGAAUUGCUUGUAGAGGUAACAUGCACUCCUGCAGACAAAUGUAAAGGUAUUGACCUUUCAGACAGGAAAGAUGACGGAUAUUGCCAAGGGGAACCUAAAGCUUAUUGCGAGUGCAGUAACGGUUUACAGGACUUGCCAAGUUUCGCUUUAAUCGCUGCACUGGGACUCUCAUCGUUGAUGAAGUCCAUAUUCUCAUCGUAGCGGCGCAUGCUUAAUGUAUACGUCGGACAUCAAUUUGGAAACAUGACUAUUUUUUAUGGGCCCACAGUAACAGACACGUCGUGUCGGAGGGAGAGUCUUGCAACAGACAAUAGACCUUUUUAAGUUUUAUAGGUAUGAAGAUGAAUCAUAGAACGACAAAAUAAGAAGAAGUGUUUGGCAUUUUCCUUAGAUAUACAUGAUGUCAUUGUAAACCCGACUAUCUUAACACGCAUGAUUCUUUAGUUCCUCUUUUCUAUCAUCGCCAUUCCUGACUGGCAUAUCUAGCCUGGAGAAGUAAAAUACCCUCAAGCAAGGAUUUGAUAUGAGAGAUUUGAUGUACGAGAGGAUCAGUCAUGACGAUGGACUCUUUGAGUGUCCCGAAUAUGGUCACAACUACACUCAUCAUGUCAUACCGGUCUGUCUAUCUUUCUUGUAAUCGAGAAUGUUCACCUUGUCAUUUUUUCGAUGGAGUAAUUGAUGUCUUUGAUCUGUCACAAACAGUGCAUAUCAAAUCCAGAAGACCUUCUUGAAUCCAUUGCAUGAAUCAGCAACUUUCCCUUCAAAUCUUUUUGAUCAAAGACGGUUUGUAAGAGUUUUCGGUGUAAAUAUUAUAGGUAAAAAACCAAGUAUACAUGUGUUUCGUUGAGUAGAUGUCAUGCGUAGAGGCUCAAAGCGCGGAUCUAUUGCAUUUUCAUGAAAAGCGAGAAAGUACAUAGAGUUAUUUUUUAUAUCCGUUCGAUGAUGCUUAGUCCCUACGUCAUUAUUCAAGAUCCUAUUUAGGAUUCAUUUUUGAACGUAUGCGUCUGUUUUAUUCGCAAAUUUUUUUUGGUUUCAGUCGUUACUAAAGCUUAAAGCUCAUUUAACUGCUAUUAGUACAUUAAUAUAAGAGUAAUCUUAUUCAUUAUUCUUUAUUAGUAGUGUGUGAUUUGAUUAUAUGAUAACCUUGUUACCGUUUUAUUUAGAAGUGUGUGCGCUGAAGUGUGUUCUGUAAAUAAAUUUAAUUAAGAAACCCG